GUAUUUAUCAUGAUUAUGUCUAUAAACACAUGACAAAAACAACAAAGAGGUAAGAAAAAUAUUUGUUCUACAAAAUUCCAUCUAUUGUAAGUGUUUUUCUGAGAAAUCAAGGAACCAAAAAAACCAAACAUGGGAGACAUAGAUCCAUCUUUCAUACAAUCCACAGAACACCGUCCCAGACCAUCUUUUGUAGAACAAGUUGAUGAAAUUCCAACCAUUGAUUUCUCAGAAACUAUAGAACAAAAACUCAUCACAGAGAUUGGCAAGGCAUGUGAAGAGUGGGGAUUCUUUCAAGUAAUCAAUCAUGGUGUUCCAUCUAAUGUUAGCAAAAAAGUUGAGAUUGAGACAAAGAAGUUUUUUGAGCAAAGCAUAGAAGAGAAGAAGAAAGUGAAAAGAGAUGAAGUUAAUGCAAUGGGGUAUCAUGAUGCUGAGCAUACUAAGAACACAAGGGAUUGGAAAGAAGUGUUUGAUUAUCUUGUUGAGAAUACAACACAAGUGCCUUCUUCUCAUGAGCCACAUGAUUUGGAGUUAAGGACUCUUGCCAAUCAAUGGCCACAAUACCCUCCUCAUUUUAGGGAAACAAUGGAGGAGUAUGCUAGGGAAGUUGAAAAGCUAGCUUACAAGUUGUUGGAGUUGAUUUCAUUGAGUUUAGGCCUAGCUGGUGACAAAUUCCAUGGCUGUUUCAAGAACCAACAAUUAAGCAUGGUGAGGCUGAAUCACUAUCCUCCAUGUCCUUUUCCUCAUCUAGCACUUGGUGUUGGUCGACACAAGGAUUCUAGUGCAUUGACUGUGCUUGCACAAGAUGAUAUUGGAGGCUUACAAGUUAAGAGAAAAUCAGUUGGUGAUUGGAUUCCAGUUAAACCUACUCCUGGUGCAUUUAUCAUCAAUGUUGGUGACAUUGUUCAGGUUUGGAGCAAUGACAAGUAUGAAAGUGUAGAGCAUAGAGUGGUAGUAAACACAGAGAAAGAAAGGUUUUCAAUUCCAUUCUUCUUUUUCCCAUCUCACCAUGUUAUGGUGAAACCAGCAGAAGAACUAGUGAAUGACCAAAACCCUGCAAAAUAUAAACCAUACAAUAUUGGUAAGUUUUAUGCUAAUAGAAACCGUAGUGAUUUCAACAAACGUGACGUGGAGAAUAUCCAAAUUCAUCACUUCAAGAUCUUGGAUUAGCUUUUUUGUGCAUUGGAAUUCUCAGCUUCAACUCAACCAUUUUCUCAACAUAACAUGUUGUGAUGGUUCGUUCCAUCAUGUCUUUUUGUUGAUAAAUAAAAAUAUUUUGAUCUAGUUCUAGGACUUCUUGUGUAAUGAGUUAGAAUCAUGGACAAAAUAAUGAUCUAGACAUGUAAUUUUAAGUUAAUGUUUAAAAUUCUAAAAAAAUUAGACAUUGA